UCUCACACAACUGAGCAACUAGCACUUCACUUCUUCCCACCUCCUGGGAUUGUCCCCUCCCCUGGAAGGCCCAUAAUCUCCUUGCACGUCAGCCUCCUCUCCUCAGAAGUGAUUAAGGGGCUCGGCUUCAAAGCGAUUAAAGGAGCAGUCUGUGGGGUGCACUGGGCAGGAACACUCUACUGAGUCCAACCGCCCUACAUUCUAGAAUCAGCACCCAUGGCCCUUGUGCCAGGGAGCAGUGAGGAUGGGCCUUGGCCUAGAGAUAGCCCAGGCUCUUCCCAGCAUCCAGAAAGUCCUAGACUGACCAACCCGCUGUGGAAGGACAGAGGAGAAAUUGACAGGGUUGAAGGCCACCAGGAUGUUCAGACCCGCCUCCCCUCCAUUGUGGUGGAAGCCUCUGAGGUGAGUGAAGAGAGUGGGGAGCUCCGGUGGCCACACGAGGAGCUGCUGCUGCUGACUGACGAUGAGGAAGAGGAGGUCGAGGUGUUCUUCCAGGACCAAAGUGAAGAACCAGCCUGGACUUGGAGCUCCCUGGACCCUAAGUCUCCCUUAAGAACCUUUAACCCAGAACUCAGCUGGGGGCAGGAACGGGUAGAUCAAGAUGACUCUUGGAUCCCAGAGGACACAGAAUGUCAGGAAACCCCCAAUCCCUGUCCUCUCUGGGACCCACCAUCAAGCUCCCAUGUCUGCAGAAGCUGCUUUGUGGAAUAUUCCCAUUGCCUGCCUCCCAGGAGCUUUGAGGUCUUCCCCAUGUACAAGUGA